CUUGGCAAUAGAUGUCUUGGUCAGAGAAGCCUUUUUUUUUUUGGCGCAACGAUCUUCAUCUGUGUAUUCGUUUAAAUCGGCAUUUUAAAAACUGUUUUACUUAGCGUGAGGACUUUACUCUUGCAUUCAGGAAAAUAAUCGUGUUAAAGUUAUAUUAUUGACUACAUCCAAGCAGAAAGAGUUAAUCAUAAAGGUUUCAAAUUUGGUGAAAUUAAUACCUGCGUGUCUCAUGAUGGCUCGAAUCUUGGUUCUGUUGCUGUGUACAUUGGUCAGUUCAAAGUAUAUCUCAUACGAGGACAACGACAAUCAAGGUCAGCCUCAGAUUCCAGACAGUCGCAAACAUCGCAAGGGAGACCAGCAAAAGCAGAAGCUGUUGGAGUUACUACGGCACGGAACUAAACCUAUAGACUCGGCCACCAACUUCAUGCUUGACCUCUAUGUGGCGAGCAACGCCGAAAGAAAUGGGAACGACCUUGACCUAAGCAGCACACUUUCUUCUGCUAAGACCAACUCUGGGACCCCUGACGUCACAGUCGCUUUGCCUAACGUUCCAGACAUGGUUCGUUACCCAAGACACGACACGGAUGCCGUUUUUUAUUUUAACUUUACCGUCUCUAAAGGUGACCAGGUCAAGGCCGCGGAGCUUCAUCUUUAUAAAGAGUCCUCAGGUGAAGAUCAGUAUCAAGGGGAGUUUACUCUAAGCCUAUACGAGAUACAAGUCACAUCUGACAGCGGUGCUAAGGGCAUUUUUCUUGGCGCUACAAGGACGACCGACCCGGAUGAAAGCGGAUGGAUUGUUCUGGAUGUUACACAAGCGGCUGAGAUCUGGGCCCUCUUCCCGCUCGCUAAUUACGGCCUUUACCUCAAAGUCACCGACUCUUCGGGACGCACCGUUGAUUACAGAAACAUUGGAUUAACAGACAAUGAGGGCCCAGUUCUAAACCAGCCGUUUUUAGUGGUAUUCAUGACAUCUUCAGGAGAAAGUAACUCUAAUUUCUGGAGCUAUCUUCCCAAGUAGAAGACUAGUGUUAAUACUGUUAAUAUAUUGAUCUACACACUGCUCAACUCAGCAAAAUUCAUGUUUAUUUGACAUUCGCUGCCAUGUCGUUCCUGGUGAAAAGCUGCAUCAUGGUAUCUCAAAAACUAUUUCAAGCAUGACUUUAUGGGAUGACCUUUAGCGCCGUGACUUUAAAGACUACUUUUAGUACCAUUUCAUUUCAGGAUAUGACAUUUAACGUAAAUAUCAACACCAUAAUUAAUGCACCUGACUUCAUCAGCAGGUCAUUUCAAGUGAAUGCUGAAAUAAUGAAUAGUGUUGAGA